CGAGCGAGAGCGGAGGGCGGAGCGGCGCUCCCGGGGCCGCGAUGGAGGAGGACGAGCUGGACCUGGCCGACGAGCUGGAGGCCGCCUUGCAGCUGGCGCCGGAGGUCCAGCUGGCCAUCGAGCAGGUAUUUCCCAGUCAAGAUCCCCUAGACAGAGCAGACUUCAACGCCGUGGAAUACAUUAACACGCUUUUCCCGACGGAACAGUCCUUAGCCAGCAUCGAUGACGUGGUGAACAAGAUCAAACUGAAAAUCAGGCAAGUGGGCGACAACAUUCGGACGGUCGUGAGAGGGCAGACCAACGUCGGGCAGGAUGGGCGCGAGGCUCUUGAAGAGGCCCAGAAAGCUAUUCAGCAGCUGUUCGGGAAGAUUAAAGACAUCAAAGACAAAGCCGAAAAAUCUGAGCAGAUGGUUAAAGAAAUUACGCGCGACAUCAAACAGCUGGACCACGCCAAGCGGCACCUGACCACCUCCAUUACCACGCUGAACCACCUCCACAUGCUGGCCGGCGGCGUGGAUUCUCUGGAGGCCAUGACCAGGAGGAGGCAGUACGGAGAAGUUGCCAACCUCCUCCAGGGCGUCGUGAACGUGCUGGACCACUUCAGUAAAUACAUGGCCAUCCCACAGAUCCGGCAGCUUUCGGAGAGGGUGAAGGUGGCCCAGAAUGAGCUGGGGCAGCAGAUCCUGGCAGACUUUGAAGAAGCGUUUCCUUCCCAAGGAACAAAGAGGGCCGGAGGACCCAGCAACGUGCUCCGAGACGCGUGUCUGGUGGCCAACGUCUUGGACUCCCGGAUCAAGCAGGAGAUCAUCAAGAAAUUCGUUAAGCAACACCUCUCGGAGUACCUCGUCCUCUUCCAGGAAAACCAAGACGUUGCCUGGCUGGAUAAAAUCGACCGGCGUUACGCUUGGAUCAAGCGGCAGCUGGUCGACUACGAGGAGAAAUACGGGCGCAUGUUCCCUGCGGAGUGGUGCAUGACGGAACGCAUCGCCGUGGACUUCUGCCACGUGACGAGGACGGAGCUCGCGAAGAUCAUGCGCACACGGGCCAGGGAAAUCGAGGUGAAGCUUCUUCUCUUCGCGAUUCAGAGGACGACCAACUUCGAAGGACUGCUGGCCAAGCGUUUCUCCGGCUGCACCCUCUCCGACGCGGUGCCGAAGAAGGCUGAGCCGGCACCCUCCACCAACCCGUUCCUGGAAGACGAAAGCAUGAUGGACGAGAACGAAGUCGUCCUGGAGAAGGCGGACAUUGACAAGCCGAAAAAGCCGAAAGUGCCAGAUAAUCCAUUCCACGGCAUCGUUUCCAAGUGCUUCGAACCACAUCUUUAUGUCUACAUCGAAUCCCAGGACAAAAACCUCGGGGAGCUCAUUGACCGCUUUGUGGGGGAUUUCCGCGCCCAGGGCCCCCCCAAGCCCAACGUGGACGAGGGCGGGGCCGUCCUGCCCAGCUGCGCCGACCUUUUUGUCUACUACAAGAAGUGUAUGGUCCAGUGUUCGCAGCUCAGCACCGGUGAGCCCAUGAUCGCCCUCACCACCAUCUUCCAGAAGUACCUCCGCGAAUACGCCUGGAAGAUCCUUUCCGGAAAUUUGCCCAAGACGACCAGCGGCGGCGGCGGCCUCACCAUCACCAGCCUGUUGAAAGAGAAAGAGGGGUCCGAGGUGGCCAAGUUCACCCUGGAGGAACUCUGCCUCAUCUGCAGCAUCCUGAGCACUGCGGAGUAUUGCUUGGCCACGACCCAACAGCUUGAGGAAAAACUCAAAGAGAAGGUGGACAUCAGCCUCAUGGAGAGGAUCAACUUGAUGGGAGAGAUGGACACCUUCAGCAUCGUCAUCUCCAACAGCAUCCAGCUUCUGGUGCAGGACUUGGACGCGGCCUGCGAUCCAGCCCUCACCGCCAUGAGCAAGAUGCAGUGGCAGAAUGUGGAGCACGUUGGCGACCAAAGCCCUUACGUCACCUCCGUGAUCCUCCACAUUAAACAGAACGUCCCCAUCAUCCGUGACAACCUGGCCUCCACCCGCAAGUACUUCACCCAGUUCUGCAUCAAGUUUGCCAACGCCUUCAUCCCCAAGUUCAUCAACCAUCUCUUCAAGUGCAAGCCGAUCAGCAUGGUCGGGGCGGAACAGCUCCUGCUGGACACGCAUUCCCUGAAGAUGGUUCUGUUGGACCUGCCUUCCAUCGGCUCCCAGGUGGUGAGGAAGGCCCCGGCCAGCUACACCAAAAUCGUGGUCAAGAGCAUGACCCGGGCCGAAAUGAUCCUCAAGGUGGUGAUGGCUCCGCACGAGCCCUUGGUGGUGUUUGUGGACAACUAUAUCAAACUCCUGGCCGACUGCAGCACCGACACCUUCCAGAAGAUCCUGGACAUGAAGGGUCUCAAACGGAGCGAGCAGACCAGCAUGUUGGAGUUGUUCCGCCAGAGGCUCCCGGCCCCUCCCUCCGGGGCCGACAAUGCGGGCUCCGUCUCGCUGACGGCCCCCACGCCGGAACAGGAGUCGUCCCGCAUCCGGAAACUGGAGAAGCUCAUCAAGAAGAGACUCUAGAGCCCAUACUCCCCGCCGGCUAUGUCUCCAAGUGGGCCUUUCCUGACCUGGCACACUCCAGAUGGGUUGUCCGGGAAUGAUGGGAGUUGUAGUCCGACCUAUUUGGAGGGCACUGGGUUGGGAAAGGCUUGCUUCCAGCCCUUCUCACUCCAAACUUAAACUUAUACUGUUUUUUUUAUAGCUUACUGUCAAUACCUUUUAAUAAUCAAAAAUUUACAUAGAACUAUUACCCCUUAAGCUCUUAAUCCAUCCCAACGCAUAUGAUUUCUUGUACGGUUGAUAACGAGGACCUCCGGCCCGUUCCCCUUGCUUGCUCCGGUUGCUCUUCACAUGGUUUUUGGAAUGCCCUGAGAAUUCCAUGGGGGAUUCUUCCCGUUGGCCUGUAAGGUUUUGGCCUUCCGGAAGGCGCCUCUGCGUGAAGGUUCCCCGUCCCUCCCGUGAAGCAAUCCAUGCAUGCAGAGAACAUUUUCACAUUGACAUGCUCGCCUUCCUCUACACGGCAUCUUCAUAGGGAGGGAGGGAGGGCCUUCAUCUCUUCCUCUCUGCGAUGGCCUUCCUGGGCCAAUCUUCCGGCAUAAUACCCCUCACUGAUACGGCUGCGGGCGCUGUAGUCAUCUUCGUAUAGGACAGCUGUGGUGUUCAGUAGCACGCGUGCGUGCAGCACCGUCAGGAAACACAGAAGCUGGGAACUGGGUCCUGGGAUCAGGGGCACCACAAGCACGUCAGUGGUCCCAAAAGCAGCCGGGCGGCAGAUGAGGCUGACUGUCCUGGCAACUUACUGGAAAACAGCUGCCGUUGAUCGUGGAUUUCGGGGCUCAUUUUUCGCCAAAACGCCCGCAAUCGGAGGCCCCGGCUUCCGGACACGCUUUGAACACAGUCCCCCAAAAUCCAGCCGUGUUUCUUUAGACGGUUCCCCUUGCUUGUGUGGAGACGUUUCGCCUCACGCCUGGUUGCUCCGUAAGAGCAAGGAAACGCGCAGCGGAAUGACGUCGGGACGUGGAGUGAGUUUGCACAAGGCGCUGCCCUGAGCCGGGGGUGCUUCUUCCAUCAUACCCUCCCGUUGGGCUAGACCACUUCCCCUACUUUCGUUGUGGGUUAUACUCUUACUACUGGCGCCUGAGGCCUUGCUGAUAUCCCUGAAAUUUCCUGGGACCUUUGGACAUUAUGUGGAAUUUUGGGAAGUGGUGGUUGGUUCAAACCAACAUUGCUUUCCCUUCUUCCUUCUUCCCUCCUCCUCCUCCUCCUCCUGAGCAACUGUGUAGCGCUGACGUAUAAGAUCCCUGUUCCUUAAGCUUCCGCGGAUGCUGCGUUGGGUUCCCAGAACGGUUGCAGAAACCGCCUUCAGCUCUCUGUCCCCACCAAAGUCCCAAGUGCCAUGUUGGUUUCUUAAAAAGCACUCCGCCCACCCCAUUCCUUACCCCCUUCUUCAUUUCUUGGCCCGUAACUGACCCUUCCUGGAAUUGAUCAAGGACGGCAUUUCCUCUGUUCCGGAUGUGUUUUUCAAGAAUCCUCGUCCCGUCUUGCGGCGUUCAUAGCUUCCUGACACGGCAUUCCCCUGGGAAUGUGUCCAAAACAGGCUUCAUCUCUGAUAUUCUUUCCAGUGUGUGCUUGCUUGCAAGCAUCGAUUCCUGCACUCUGCAUCUCUUGGGUGGAGAGAUUGAUCCAUGCUGGUCUGUAAGCAGUCCUAAAGGCUGCCUUAGACGGUUAAGGAAUUGGGGUGUAUCAAAGGAAGGUCUACAAACCUCUAGAUGUUUGGACGCUUCAUGCCACGCCUCCUUCCGAAAGGUUUCCUGUUGGGUCACCGGGUUUUCCACCCCAAAUAUACCCCUCGUAAACUCUUCUGUGUUGGCAAUUUAGACCACCCCGGGCGGAUUGAAGCCCAGGGGCUGCUAGUUGCUGACCUUCAACUAGGAGAGCUCCCUGCCACGGUCCUUCUUUUCUUCUGCUGACCCUUUGCCACACUUGGCUGCAACCUAAGGCGCGGUGUUUGCCUUUGAUAAAGAUCAGCUUGCAAAAGGAAAAAGGAAGGGAGCGACUUUUACCUCCAAAGUUUUAUAGUUGACUUUAUGUGAACAGCAAGCCAAACCUGCAAAAGACGUGACAAAUACCCCCUUGUCCUUCGCCACAGAAACAUCGAGGCAAAAGGUUGCCGUCGAAAUCCAGGGGCACCGAGUAGUUUAAAACAUGACCUUUCCAGUGGCAAACGUUCUGGCAUGUAAAUAAUACACCUGCUUGGUAUUUUUUUUCCGAAACGCCGAUUUGAAAAUACCCUCUUUCCUUAUUUAUCAGGCCCAGUUGAUUCUGGACGACCAGUAGGCCUCUGAAGUUGUACAUUUUCUGUUAAUAAAAAGGAUAGUGCCGCA